CGGGCACGCCGGGGCUGCUGCACACCGGCCGUGGGUGCUGUCAGAUUGGCCUCGCAGCAAAAUCUGCUCGGGGCAGAGAUACGGCGUGGUUUGCCAGAGCCCGACUGCCCCUCAGUCCCACAGGCAGCAGAGCAUCCCCCCAGGGACACGUGCUCAUCCCUGGCUGUGUCGGCGGCUGCGUCUCCCCGGGGCCGGUGGGGCUGGGUGGGUCUGGCAAGCGAGGCAGCUCUGUCCCUGGAUUUCUGCAGCUUUUCAUGUUGUUUCCUCCCUUCCCGCCCGCACUCCAGCUUUAUCAGCUCUGUUGAAAUAGGUCCCUGGAGGGAAACCCAUCGGCGCUGCGAAGCCUUGGCAGGAGGAGAGCGGAUACGGCCUGGCCGGGCGUCCCUGCGGGGCGGCGGGCAGCUGCAGGCAGCUGUGCUGGCAGGAAGCCGUGCAGACGCCCCGCUCUGGGACCUGCCUGCACCCCACCUCGCAGCGCGGCCGCCUCGCUGGAGCCACGGCAAUGAAUGGGCACGCUCUGCCAGCCGGCACGCCAGCGCAUCCCCGGGGCUGGCAUGAGUUCUGUGAGCUGCACGCCAUCAGCACCGCCAAGGAGCUGGCGCGGCACUACCUGCGCUUUGCCACCGAGCACCCGCACCAUGACCUCCUGGCCGCUGAGAACUUCUCGGUGCAGUUCACCGACCUCUUCCAGCAGUACUUCUGCCAUGAGGUGAAGGAGGGCUUUGCCAUGAACCAGCUCCGCAUCCUGCCCACCGGCCCGGCGCGGGAUUACCGGGAGACGCACCGGCGGCACACGGAUGCCUCCCUGGGCACAGUGGUCGCCAAAGCCGAGGUGGAGCCCAGCGCCCGCCCGGAGCAGCCCGGCCGAGCCCCUGAGGCCGCCUCGACGGGGCUGCGCAAGUCCUGGAGCUCAGAGGAGCUGGCGGGGCCGGCGCGGCGGCCCUUCUCGCUCAGCCAGCUGCGCAGGAGCUGGCGCAGCCUCUUCCGACGCCGUUCCUCAGAUGCCCUCCCCGGGGAUGGGGACGGGGAGGCCGCGGCAGAGGCUGCUUUUAAGCCGGGACUGAGCAAGCGCAUCCUGCCAUGGGGGCUGUCGAGGGACCAGGCCCCCGAGGUGCGCAAAGAGGGGGUCCUCAAGUACGGGCUGCUGGAUGAGACCUUCCUGGACAGCGGGACGCGCUGGCAGCGCUGCCGCCUGGUUCUGCGGCGAGCGGGGACACCUGACGGUGAGGAGUACGUGCUGGAGCUUUUUGACCCGCCAAAGGGCUCCAAGCCGAAGCUUCAUGCCGCCUGCUCUGCCAUCCAGGAGGUGCGGAGGUGCACGCGCCUCGAGAUGCCUGACAACCUCCACACCUUCGUCCUCAAGGUCACCAAUGCCACCGACAUCCUGUUUGAGGCGGGGGACGAGCAGCAGCUCAGCUCCUGGACGGCCGAGAUCCGAGAGUGUGUGCGCAGGGGGUCCGACACGGGUGACCCCGAGCUCCUGGCGUGCCGGCACCUUGACCCCGCGGCCGCCAGCCCCACCACCAGCACUGACACCCUUGGCCAAGGGGCAACGCCGGGGGGCCCGGGGGAGGCGGCAGGGCUGAAGAUGGAGCAGUUCCUCUCCUCCUGCCCCUGGUUCCACGGGCCCAUCUCCCGCGUGAAGGCGGCUCAGCUGGUGCAGCUGGGGGGGCUGGAGGGACACGGUGUCUUCCUGGUGCGGCAGAGCGAGACGCGCCGUGGCGAGUACGUGCUCACCUUCAACUUCCAGGGCAGAGCAAAGCAAGGGAGCCGGUGGAAGGGUAACAGGUCCGUGCCCCUUCCCGCAGCACCUGCGGCUGGCGCUGACGGAGCGGGGCCAGUGCCGUGUCCAACACCUCCGCUUCUCCUCCAUCGUGGAGAUGCUGCACCACUUCCAUCGCUACCCCAUCCCGCUGGAGUGCGGGACAGCCUGCGACGUCCGUCUGUCCAGCUACGUCGUCGUCCUGCCCCAGCCGCAAGCUCCCAGCUCCGGCAGCAUGGUCCCUCUCCCCCUGCCCGUCCCUGGCUGGAGCCCCGAAUUCAGCCUCGCCCCCGCUGGCUCCUCCUGCCCCCGCGGCCCCGACGAGACACCCCCAGGUCCCCCACCGGAGCAGAUCUUCCACCUGGUGCCGCCGCCGGCCGAGCUGGCGCAGAGCCUGCGCCCGAGCAGGGCAGCCAUGGUCCCCGGCCCCCGGCCCCGCGAUUCGGACUACGAGGUGGAGGCACCAGGACGGGGCCACGUCCGCGCCAUCGACAACCAGUACACGCCGCUCUGACGGCCACCGUGCCGGCACUGGGGUGCACUUUUGGGUGGAGAAAUCCUAGAGACCUUCCAGGUAUCCCAUCGAGAGAAAGAAUGUACCUAGUUUCUUCCUUCUGGUUAGGGAUGAUUAUUGUAUUUUUGCAAGGAAGGGGGUAAUUUUUCACUCCAGUACGGGUGUGCUCCCUCUCUUUGGCCUGUUAAAGGGCCUUUUAUUUUUAUUUUUGUUGUUAUUAUCGAAGCUUUCUUGUUACUGUUUACACACACCACUCGUGCCUGCGUCCCUGUGUGCCGAGCAUCGCACCGUCGGGCUCGGUCUCCCGCCUGUCCCUGGCACGACAGUGCCCAGUGAAGGAACCGGGGUCUUGCGUUACACCAAUAUAAUUGGAGAAAGGAAAAAAAAAAAGGAAAGAAAAAAAAGAAGAAAAAAAAAAGGUGGAUUAUAAAUUCAUCGACCAGUUGCUGCUCCGGGCCGCACAGGAGAAGACGAGCCCCAUCCUCCCAUGCCAGCACAUGAUGCUGUUGCCAAACCCACCAGCAAACUCUGACCUGCUGGAGCUGAGCUCCUGCAUCAGGUGAAGAUGAUGAUCGUGAUCAGAGUUUGGGCUUUAUUUUUAGAUAAGGCAAAACCUGGCUUUUCUUGCUCUUCUUUUUUAACCCAGCACAGUUGCAGUCACUCCUUGCACCAGCCAGAGAAAUACUUACACCAUUAGCCUUGCUAAUUAAGAUGUGAACACUAACUGCUCCAUCACUAAUAAUGUCACUAGCUGAGAACUAACAUGGAGACUGACAGCAAACCACUCCUCCCGGUGAUGGAGGCAUUUUAUCCCAGUGAUGGAAGUGUUUUAUCCCGGUGAUGGAGACAUUUUAUCCUGGUGAUGGAGGCAUUUUAGGCACAAAUCUAAAGUGAGUUUUCCCCCCCAGAAUAUUUUUUUACCUCGCCAGCACAGGCAACUGCCCACCCCGCUCUCACCUGCCUUUUUUCCCCCAUAAAACACUGCGUAACCAAGAGUUUGGCGAUAUUUAAAGCUAUGCAACUGCCUCUUGCCUGGAGUAGAAGCCUCUCCCAGCCAACCCCCCCAAAGCCCACAGAGGGGCUGCACCCCCUGACGUGCCUUAGACGAAGGAGGCCGGUGGUCGCCAUCUCGACGGCUGUAAUUACACACACGGCAGGCACUUUAACCUAUUCGCCUGUGUGCAUCUUGCCCUAGGAGCACUGAUUGCUUGCACAGUGAGCUGCACGCCAAGCGAGACGUAGGCACUGCCAUAGCUACCGCAGGAACAACCGCACAUCCAGCAAAUCCCCAGGGCUCAAUGUCCCCCCCAAAUCCCCGGCAAAGGCACCCGCACAAGGAGAGCAGCUCCGGAGCCAGGAGUGUGGCCGUGCCCCAGCCUCCGCUGCUGUUUUCAGGUUCUGCAACUGUCGGUGCCGCCGAGCCCCAGUGCCGCUUUACCUGCCAGUGCCUGGGGCAGCCGGUGCGGCCGCGCCGAGAGAGGAACUGCUUCUUAGAAGCUGACGUUAUUUUAAGAAUAAGGAAGGGGCUGGAGCCGUUGCAACACGCAGGAGAGGAUGUUCGCAGCAUUCAACUUCCAGAUUUCUCACCACAGCCCGUGCGGCACUCCCCAGGAUUUCGGAUGCAAAACUUGCCUUAAAAUUGCCUUACAGGAAAGCCUUUUAUUUUUAUAUUUAUUUUCCCUGAAAUUGCAAUAGAGGUGGGAGCCAUCUGGAGCAUUAACAUUUAGGAAUUAAUUUGAAAGCAAGCAAACAAAAAGCCUUGUGGGGCCAAAUUAAGGAGUUUGCAAAAAUCCAGCCUCUAGACAGGGCUUUGCUGUUAAGCCAGCGCAUGGUGAGCCCCGUUGGUAGUCAAAGCCCAAGGAGCCAAGCUCUGCUUAAGGUCAGCAUGAAGGGCAAGAUCACGGCGCUGUUGUGCUGGGCUGGGCCAGAAAGGGCAGAUGUAGCGCAGGCAGGAGCCAGGACCAGGCAGGGCCAAAACAGCCGGGGCCAAACGCAGUGGCUGUGAGAGCAAAUCUGGUUUUAUAAGUAGUAGUCAAAGGAUGAGGGCAGGGAGAAACUGGAUACCAUCAACUGAAGAAAUCACUUAGGAUUUGCAUUUUAUGCCUCCCCAUCUCUUGCUCCAGCCCUCUCUUGAGCUGUCUUCGUACAUUCAGAGCAGGCAAGGUCUUUUUUCUCCUUUCCUCUGCUUAAAAUGACUUGGAAAUGGGCACACGGGGAGCAAUCCUGUAUUUCAGCAGGGAGCAGCGUUUCCCGGUGCUUAGCACACACCGUUGCAUGCUCACUCUUGAAACAGGAGCAAAUUGCACUGGCCGGCCACACCUCCAGCACUGCCAAACCC